AUGGGUACAGCGGAACCAAUUAAGGCUUUGGAACCCACUGCGGUUGUAGAUGAAAAUGCUGCUCCUAAAGCAAAGCCAAGAAGAAAGUUCAUAGGGAAACCAUCUACCCAAACAUCCGAUGGUAGGAGCGCCGGUGCUUUGACUAAAACGAAUACUAGACAUGUCCGUAGAAUCAUGAACCAAAUACCUGACUCGAUCUUGAACGAUAAAGACUUGAACAAUGCGAUAAGACUCCUUCCUUCUAACUACAAUUUCGAAAUCCAGAAGACGGUUUGGAACAUCCAAAAAUCUCAAGCAAAGCGAGUGGCACUCCAGAUGCCUGAAGGCCUACUUAUUUAUUCGCUUAUCAUUUCUGAUAUAUUAGAGCAAUUUUGCUCAGUAGAGAUUGUAGUAAUGGGGGAUGUUUCCUACGGAGCAUGCUGUAUUGAUGAUUUCACGGCCCGGUCGCUUGAUUGUGAUUUUAUCGUUCACUACGCACACUCAUGUCUUGUACCCAUAGACAUCACAGAAAUUAAAGUGUUAUACGUAUUCGUGACUAUAAAUAUAGACGAAGACCAUCUCUUAAAAACAAUCAAGAGAAAUUUUCCUGUCGGUGCUAGACUUGCAGUGUUCGGGACCAUCCAGUUCAACCCCACCAUACACUCAAUUAAGGCAAAACUAGAGCAUGACACCGAACAUCCAGUAUUCCUAACUCCACCUCAAAUAAUGCCCUUAUCUAAAGGUGAAGUAUUAGGAUGUACCUCUGCCAGACUUGACAAGGAAGAAUUUUCUGGAAUGAUCUAUGUAGGAGAUGGUAGAUUUCACUUGGAGUCCUCUAUGAUUCACAACCCUGACAUCCCUGCCUACCGUUAUGAUCCGUAUUCUCGUAAGUUUACAAGGGAAUACUAUGAUCAAAAGGAGAUGAUUAAUGUAAGACAGGACGCAAUGCAGACUGCCGUUAAAGCCAAAAAGAUAGGACUCAUUUUGGGAGCUUUGGGGCGUCAAGGAAAUAAUGCUACGUUGGAUACUUUGGAGUUGAAAUUGAAGGAAAAUGGUAAACAAGUUGUAAAGAUCAUUUUAAGUGAAAUAUUUCCACAGAAAUUGUCGAUGUUUGAUGAUAUAGAUGCAUUUGUACAAGUUGCAUGUCCAAGAUUGUCUAUUGACUGGGGUUAUGCUUUUAGCAAGCCAUUGUUGACCCCAUAUGAGGCAAUGGUCAUGUUGGACAACGAUAAAAUGUGGGAUGAAGGAUAUUAUCCGAUGGACUACUAUGGAAAAGAUGGGUACGGUAGAGGUAAAGUUCCUCAACACUAA